GGAAAAGAUGUCAAAGCUAAAUAAAUUGAAGAGCUGUUUGAAGAAGAAAAGGAAGAAUACAGAGCCUGAGGAUUAUGAUUAUACUUAUAAAAGUAAAGCAACUCUUGACCUACAUCCUGUAAAGAGAAGGGUUAAAAUGUUGAAGAAGGCAAGCUUGUCAGAAGAUAAUACUUCAUCAUCUAAGUCAAAGCGAUCGUUGCGGUCUAAUACUAUGAAUUUUGACCAUAUCUCUAAGCACUCAAGCAUGGGCCCUGACUUGAAGAUUAAUCAUGAAUCAGACUACAAAAUGUAUUUCCACCCAAGGGAAAAGUUCAAGACGAUGCCAUUAGUAAUUAUAAAUUUCGAGGGUAUUAUUGGAGAAAUCCUGACUCUCCCUCUUUUUGAUCCAGAAGCCAAGAAAGGUUUAUACCUCAAGAAUGGGGUUGUGGAUAACAUGAAGCGCUUAUUGAACAAAUUCCGGAUUGCCUUAGUAACCUCCAUCCCCCAGAAAAUCUUUGAUAAAAUCCUGAAAUAUUUCCAUAGCUUCAAGAUCAAAUUUGAUGCUGUGUAUUUUAGGAAGGAAAUUGACCGCACAAAACACCUCUUCAGCGAAUACAGUCAUAUUUAUGAAGAUUUUGAGAUUGAGAAGGAGGAUGUCAAGUGGAAUGUUCUCAUCCUCUGCCCUGUUAUGCUUGAAAAUGAAGAACUCAGGGAUAGAAAAUAACGAAGACAUUCUGUUUGAGCGCCUUUACACCUUCGAAGAUGCUCCAGAUGAAGAAGAAGCAAAGAUAGAAAAGACCUUUAAGAGAGACAUUCAGUAUGUUAAAUAUCUCACAAAUCCGAGGAAUGUUAAAGACGAGCCAGUGAUUCUUCUAGUCCCUCAUUAUUUAUCACAGAAGCAAAAUAAAUCAAUGUGUUUCUCUUUCCUAGUAACCUUCAUUGAAGGGCUUUAUAUAGCAAGUGCAAUUGAAUGUGAUGACAAGAUUGGAAGUCCUGUUAGGAAGAAGCCUAACUACAUUGUCAAAGAAAUGUCUUACCGCAAUGGAGAGAAUGACUCGGCACCAUCAAAGUCUGGUUCUUCCAACAUGAUAAUCAUGAAGACGAUCAGUAUCGCACCUCAGAAUCAUUUUAAGAAGAUUAAGAAGAGAGUCUAUGCUAGAAAUUUAGACAUGAGUAAUACAAGCUGGGUCUAUGGUUUCAAUUCUUGCUUAAAGUACGAACUUUUUAAUGCCAAGAUUAUCACUAGUCAUGAACCCAAAGAGUACUAUGAAUCAACUCUGAAAGAAGCUAAAUGGCUUCAGAAAAGAAGAAAAGAGCCAUCUCCGAAGGAAACUUGUGAAGAAACUAAGACAGAAGAGCUGUCUUUCUACAAGAACCCUCAAGCAAUGGAUCUGUAUAAGAAGCUGAAGGAAAAGAAUGCUAAUGUAGCUAAGAUGAGAGACAAUUAUGCUGACUAUGUCUCAAACAAAUCUAGCAAGAUUUCUAUCUUCGAUCAGGAGAUUAAGUCAGAGAGUUCUGUCUCUGAUGAGGAUGAGAAAGAAGACAACCAGAUCAUGAUAAUCGAUGAGAGUUUGGAGGCACCUGAAAAGAAGAAAAGACACAGAGCUCGAGAUGCACCCUAUAGGCUGAUUGUCAUACCAGGAUGGCUAUAUGAUUUGUAUAGCCUUACUUUAGUGAAAGAAAUCAAAUAAACUGAAGAGUAAGGA